AUGUCCAUUAGCGGUGUUUCGAAGCUGCGUGAUUCACGACUUCACUGCACGGGGCUCAUGGCUGCCACCGCACCAUACUGCACUGCGGCACAGCUGGCGAUUCCACCCAUAUUCCGCGGCGGUUGCGCUGUUGCCGUGGCGGAAGCCGCCGUCGCCGCUGCAGUCAGGCGACGGUUUGGGCCCUCCAUGGUCAGCAUGGAAGCCCUGCCGAGCGGACCGCGGCCACUAAUGCACCCUCUGGCCGCCGCAUCCAACCCAGACGCUGAGCCAGAAUUUAUGGAUGCGACGCUGACGCCUGCCGCUUCCGGCGAUGAGGCUUAUGCGCGCCAACGCCAAAUGGGCCUUCAUUUGCUACAGCCUCAGCCACAGCCUCAGCAGCAGGAACCGGAGUCCACCUUCGAGGGGCUACACAGCGCCGCAUUCUCAACCCGCGGCAGGACCCCCCCAACCUCCCAGUCCUUAUCGCGCGCGAUUCACCAUAUAUCCCCUUCUAUAUCUCCUAACGCCGCGAUCUACCGCAACGAAUCCGCAACCCGGAUGCAGUGGCAGCCCGCAGCCGUCCUUCUAGAAGCUCCGCCGCGGCACGGCGCCACUGGCUGUCGUACCGCUGGUUUCAGAUCUCAGGUGGAUGGCUGCGGCGACGGCAAUGUCGCUCACCAUUACGCGGGUGACAACCACGCGGCCACACGAAACGGCGGAGGCGACGGCGGAGGUGGUGUCAACGUGCAGCUGCCCCUCGAGAUGCGCUUGGGGGAUCUGGUACUCAGCGGCACCUGGGGUCUGGCGGCGGCGGCGACACCUGCCGCCGCUGCCGGUUGGCCUUCCGCCGGCAGCGAUGAUAACGUCUACACAACGGAAUGCAGCUUGGCGCGUAUGUGGACGGAUAUCUUCUCAUCCGCUGCUGCGCAGGUGAUAUCAGCAUUGCCGCCGCAGCCACAGCAGCAGGCGCAGGCACAGCCGUCGCGGCGCGGCCGUCAGCUCGCAGGUCUGCCGCCGCCGCUGCCGCCAGCACCGGUACCGCAGGUGUCGCCGCAGCAGCCGCCGCUGCCGUUGUCACCGUCGGCGCCGGGGCUUGUGGAAGAGGUAGAAGCAGAUGAACACAUUCGCUCCUUUGGAGCCGUACAGUCGGGCGGAGGCGGCGGCGGCGGUGGCGUGACACCUGGUCGAGGUACAGGGGGCGCGUCGUGCAGCUUGAUAGGGGCGGCGGGAGGGCGCGACCGGCGUCGUUCUGUCGCCAGUGGUGCAGCGGUCGGCCGGUACGGCAAGCUGCUCAUGUCCAGCCCGAGCUGGUGGUGUACGGAGUUGUACGACAUUCAUGACUCGCUGCUGCUGUCAAAGAUUUCGGCGAGCCGCGACGGUGAUGGCGGCGGCGGUGGCAGCGGCGACUGCUUUGCCGUGCCGGAUUUAUGCCGGGAGGAACCUUGGUCUGCUCGCUCUGCUACAACAACGGGUACGGCAACGGCGGCGGCGGCAACGGCGGCGGGUACGGCUGCGAUGCUUUCCACGGCACGCCUGUCGCCCUCCGCCUGGACCGAUGCAUCAGUGGAAAUUACUAAACUCUCUGGCGAUGGCGGCGGCGGCGACGGUGACGGCAACGGCGACGACACUAGUGAGCUACAGCUCCUUCGUGACAUGGAGGAUCUGGGCCCCGUCACUCCCGCUGUAGCUGCACAGCCAUAUGAGGAAGCUGUGGCCGGCUCUGAGAUAGCAGGUGAAACCGCAGCAGCGGCAGCUGCAGCGGCAGCUGCGUCUGCGUCUGCUUCCGCUACAGCCGCAAUCGCUCCGAAACCGGCUGCCGGCGCUCCGGCGGCCAGCAGCUUGGUCGAGCGUAGCACCGGUCAGAUUUCUGCGGCGGCGCCCAUGCCGAGAUUGGGGGAGCAGGUGAUCCGGAUGCCAGGGACUCAGACCGAUGCGAAAGGAGCCCCCGGGUUAUUAAAAGCUGCAUCGUCGGCGGCGUCUUCUAAUACAGGACGGCCACAUUAUACCCCCGCGGUCGUCCGCGUUGGACCGCCACGUAGCGGUGGCGGCAGCAGCAUCAGCGGCAGCGGGAAGCUGGCGGCGGUGACGCCGCUGCGUUCGCGGCUUAGCUCCGCGAGUGGCAGCGCCGCCGCUGGGGGCGCGGCAAAUAGCCGUCGGUCGUACGAGUUGCCCGUCACAUCCCCUUCCGGCAAUAGAACUUCGUUACAAGUAUCUGGGCGAGCUGAAAUCGUACGGCGUAUGGGGGAGGUUGGUGCGAGUACGGCAAGUACGGAAGGUCUUCUCAGGUAUGGCACCCGCAGCAAUGAUGGCACUGGUAAUGGCGUCGGCGGCUUGCAGUCCAGGAAGCAGCCGUCGCGCCUUGCUCGGCUGUUCGGUGCGUUGCGGCUUGGCGCCAAAAAGCCGUCCAAGGCAAGGAGGAGUGUGUCCAGUGAAAGCGACUGUGACGGCGAUUACAUUGGCGGCGGCUGUAGGAGCAGUUGCGAUGGCAAUGGUGAUGUUGAUGGUGAUGGUGGGUGCAAUCCGUCGCGCCAGGAACGAUUGGCCAGACUAGCUCCGCUGGCAGCGGCGGUGCUAUCGCCGCCGCCGCCGCCAUUGCCGCCGCCGCCGCCGCGCCGGUCGAUUAAUAUUAAUGAGAAUUGA